AUGGCUCGGAUGCAGGAGAUGAUAUGCAUGAAGAUGCCAAGAUCAAGAGCGUGCAUGAUCACUCCCAUCUCUGUCCUCCCUUCUCCCUCCCUCUCAUUCCUCCACACUCCCAUCUCUGUCCUCCCUUCUCCCUCCCUCUCAUUCCUCCUCACUCCCAUCUCUGUCCUCCCUUCUCCCUCCCUCUCAUUCCUCCUCACUCCCAUCUCCGUCCUCCCUUCUCCUUCCUUCUCAUUCCUCCACACUCCCAUCUCUGUCCUCCUUUCUCCCUCCCUCUCAUUCCUCCUCACUCCCAUCUCCGUCCUCCCUUCUCCUUCCUUCUCAUUCCUCCACACUCCCAUCUCUGUCCUCCUUUCUCCCUCCCUCUCAUUCCUCCUCACUCCCAUCUCCGUCCUCCCUUCUCCUUCCUUCUCAUUCCUCCACACUCCCAUCUCUGUUCUCCCUUCUCCCUCCCUCUCAUUCCUCCUCACUCCCAUCUCUGUCCUCCCUUCUCCCUCCCUCUCAUUCCUCCUCACUCCCAUCUCCGUCCUCCCUUCUCCUUCCUUCUCAUUCCUCCACACUCCCAUCUCUGUCCUCCUUUCUCCCUCCCUCUCAUUCCUCCUCACUCCCAUCUCCGUCCUCCCUUCUCCUUCCUUCUCAUUCCUCCACACUCCCAUCUCUGUCCUCCCUUCUCCCUCCCUCUCAUUCCUCCUCACUCCCAUCUCUGUCCUCCCUUCUCCCUCCCUCUCAUUCCUCCUCACUCCCAUCUCCGUCCUCCCUUCUCCUUCCUUCUCAUUCCUCCACACUCCCAUCUCUGUCCUCCUUUCUCCCUCCCUCUCAUUCCUCCUCACUCCCAUCUCUGUCCUCCCUUCUCCCUCCCUCUCAUUCCUCCACACUCCCAUCUCUGUCCUCCCUUCUCCCUCCCUCUCAUUCCUCCUCACUCCCAUCUCUGUCCUCCCUUCUCCCUCCCUCUCAUUCCUCCUCACUCCCAUCUCCGUCCUCCCUUCUCCUUCCUUCUCAUUCCUCCACACUCCCAUCUCUGUCCUCCUUUCUCCCUCCCUCUCAUUCCUCCUCACUCCCAUCUCCGUCCUCCCUUCUCCUUCCUUCUCAUUCCUCCACACUCCCAUCUCUGUCCUCCUUUCUCCCUCAUCGCACCUUUUCCUGAGUAUUCCCGCCAAUAUCUGGAAGUCAGGUUCGAAUGUGCCUGACAGUUGGGUUCUCGAUGUUGGUGCGAAAUACUGGACUAUUCAUGCUUGUGAUCAUGCUGUUCUCAACCUGGCGGACAACACGAAGAGUUGA